GUGUUGUCGGCCGUUUUGUUUUGAUUCCUUUUGUGUUGUCCGCCUUUCCCUUUUGAUUCCAUCUUUAUUUCGAUUUUCUCUCUGUGCUGUCUUUCUUUUCAGUGUUGCCAUAUUGUAGUGUCCUUUGUUCGUUACUUCUUUUUCUUUUCUCGGUGGCGUCGGUUGGUAAUUCAUUCAAUUGAUUUUAAUUUAUUAAUUUAUUAAUUAAUUAUUUAAUUUCGUAUAAAAAUUUAUAUAUAAAUAAUUUAGAAACAAAUAGAACAAAUGUGUAUAUGUGUGAUUUGAGAUUGUGCGUGAUUUAAAAGACUAAAAAAACAAUAAACAAAACCCGACCGCCAACAUAACCUCCAAUUAAUGGUCCAUGGAUAGAAAAGCCAUAUAUGUGUCUCCAGCAUAACUUUCAAGAUUUAUUUAUGGAAUUAAUACAUUGAAAAAUGGAAGACAACGUUAUUAAUACUAAAUUAGAGUUUAUAAACUUGAUCAAAAAGUUUAAUGAAGCCAAGAGAUUGGUAACCGAUAAACUAAUGCAACAUUUGGAUGUUAUGAAGGAGAAUAAUAAAGAAGUUCUAAAACUAAUCCAUGAUUACAAUGAAAAUUCUAGCAAGUCUCUAACGCCUCUAAGUUCAACAUUCUUGACCACACAACAAGUGGCCCAAACCACAAUGCAGGCUUGUGAUGAACACUUAGUCAACAAACUGGCACAGAUACGCCAAGGCAAUCAAGCAAUUGAAUGCAGAAUGCAAGAGGAGACCGAACGUUCGCAAAAAGCAUUGUAUGAGAUUAUGAAUAAGGAUGAUGUGGCCUUGAAGCCAUAUGAGGAAGUUGUUUGUGCCAAAGAACAGCUACUAAACGAAACGGAAAUUCUCAAUGUGGAAUGUGAGGAGUUAAAACAAAAGGCACUUGAAAUUGAGCAGAACUUAAAAUCUCAACAGGCUCAAGUUUCUGCGGAAAUAUUAAACCUGGAAUUGAUCUUUAAUAAGUCAAGGCUUGAAGUAUCAAUGGCAAAACAAAUUCUUAAUGAUCAACUCUUUAGUUUAAAUUUAAGUUCUAUAAAUGAUGUCAAUAUGAACUCUGCAGAAAUUGAAAAGUUAACCGCGGAAAUUGUGGAAAAAGAAAAUAAAUUAUUAAGCUUACAAGGGCAAAAUGAAUAAAUUAAUUACUAAUUUUUAAAUAGUAGUAAGAAAUGUUUUAAAUUGAAUUAUGUAAAUAAAAAAUAAAUUAUUGUCCAAAA